AUGUUUCCCAGGAACGUCAUGUUUGUUCCUCUCGUGAUGCUACAGUUCUUACUAUCUAGGAAUUUCUUAGGGAAAAAUACCCAACGUACUUUCAACAAAACUAUUUGGAAUAGUUUGGAAGGUGUGGAUGAGAAUCUAAAGAGCAUUGUGUUCAGUUCCAAGAAGCUGACUCAUAUAGGAUUUAACAAGUAUAAUCUGGAGGAGAUGUUGGUGGAAUUGAUUGAGACAUGUUGUCAAAAGGGUUUUCUCCCUGUGUCGUUAUCUGACUUAUCAAAAUAUGAAGACAAAGUUCCGGCUAAUGAUUACAGUAUUGAGCAUAACACAUAA